CAAAAUACAGACAAUAAAUUCAUAGCCUUUCAGCCAAGAUGGACGUGCGAUUUACGAAUAAAAAUUCUUGAGCUGUAUAUAAAAUAUUGGUAAAUAAAACAACACAAUGUACAAUGGUAUUGGAUUGACGACUCCGAGAGGAUCAGGAACUAAUGGCUACGUUCAAAGGAAUUGGGCAUCGGUUCGAAAAACCAAAGAUUCUGUGAACUAUCGCACCGAAGAGGAAAUUGCUAAGUUGGAUUCGGCGUCUAACAAACAACCUAAUCGUGAAAUACUUGAUCACGAAAGGAAAAGAAAAAUAGAAGUCAAAUGUGCUGAACUUGAAGAUAGCUUGGAAGAACAGGGGUUGCCGAGGGAGGAGAUAGCGGCGCGCGUAGCUGCCUUCAGAGCGAAGCUGUCAGAGUCUAGCAGCGGGGACAAGGACGUAUCCAAAGACGAAUUUGGAAGAGUCGCCGUACGUGAGACGCACGCGGUCGCAGAAGCGCAACAGGAGAAGAACGCGCGUCUCCGGGAUGCAUUCGGAAUAUCACCGAGGUUCGUGGAGGGCACCAGCUUGGAUCCGGAGAGACGCGCGCGUGAGGAGGCCCGCCGGUACCCGCUCGUGAGGACACCCAGCCACGAGCGGGAGGAGCGUGAUACACAGAUCACUAAGAAGAAAAAGAAAAGAAGUGCAUCACCAGAGUCUAAGAAGGCGAAGAAGAAAAAGUCUAAGAAAAAUAAAAAAGACAGACAGGUGACACUUGAAUUGACAAAGAGUCAAAGAAAAAUGUUAUGGAAAUGCAUGCGUAGACAAGAAAGCAAGAAAAAGAAGAAGCGCUCCAAAUCACCGAACACAGAAAGUUCUAGCAGUUCAGAUGCAGCACACGAUAGUGACUCCGCCAGCUCCGAGGAUGAAAAGCAGAAGAAGAAGAAAAAGAAAAAGUCGAGUGCCAGACACCGUGCAAGCAUUGAUGUAUCCAGCCGCGAGAGUUCUCCAAUUAAAACGACAAAAGAUAAAAGAUCAGAACGCGAAUGUGAACCUGUACAAGAUGUACGAAGCAAGAAGAAAGACAACGAACGUGAUGAUUUGCAACGUCGCAAGAGAAGCGUUAGUGAGCGCUGUGACGAGACCACGAGGAACUCCAGAUCUGAUCGGAGACGACGUGAAGAUCGCAGCUCAUCCAAAGAUGACAGAAGAGAGUCGCCGGAGUACAGACAAAGAUCUUAUGUCACCAAAAUUGUCAACAAAAACCGUGAAUCUGUAGAAGAUAAUUAUGAAAAGUCACGGUCAGGGAAACGUCAAAGAGCACGAUCUAUAACUGUAUCCGACGAAGAACCGCCACCAAAACAUAAAGAACACAAGGCAAACAAAAAACGAAAUGAUCGAGAAAAGAGUGGCUCACCCCCGCCGAAGAGGAAACGGAGUAUUUCUAUCGAAUAUCGCAGAAAUGAUUCCUAUAAUAAUGAUAUAGAUCGAGACAUAGACAGGAAUAGAAGAGAAGGUUCUUACCGUGAAGACAGAAGAACGCGCCGAAGAAGCAGAUCUUAUGAAUAUAGGAAUGACAGAGGACGAGAGAGCACUUUUAGGACAGAAAAAGAUGAAAGAUAUGACAAUAAAAAAUACAACGAUCGACACAGACUUGAUCGUAGAGACAGUUAUGACGAGGAACCUAAAAAUAAAGCAAGUAAAUCCAGCAGAAGAGGACAUCGGGAUUCAUCUACAGAAUAUCAAGGCAGAGAUAAUAGAAACAAGUCAACGUAUAAAGAACCGGAAAGAUAUUACAAAAUGACAAAACCUGACCGAUCAAUCUCAUCAGAGUCUGAAGAUGAAAGGCCGCGCAAUGAAAGACGUGAUAAAGAAGUAAAAAGCAAAAGUAAAUAUUAUAAAGACAGAAGUGCGUCCCCUCCCACAAAGGAACAAAAUAGAAAGAGCCCAUCACCAGCUCGUAGACAGCAUGAUGCAUCUUUGACUAAGAGACGAAAUUCUCCAACGCCCUCGCGGCGUGUCCCGUCACCUAAACAUCGAGAAACUAACUCAAAGAAACGUGAUUCUUCGCCCCCAACAAGACGAGAUUCACCAGCGAACCGGCGACGCGGUUCUACGCCGCCUAAAAAACGAGAAUUGUCACCAAAAAAACGUAACACUUCUCCGCCUAAACGUGAUAAAUCACCGUCAAGGAACCGGGAAUUAAUAUUGGCAAAGAGACGUGAUUUAUCGCCACCAAAGAGGGUUGACUCUUCAUCUCCAAGAAGGCGGGCAUCUUCGCCAUUAAGAAAACGGGACUCAUCAGUCUCUAGAAGACGUGAUUCACCAGUAAGAAGUCGCGAUUCACCACAAUCAAGAAAAUGUCAAAAGCCCUCACCUAAAGGUUCGCCAUUCAAGAGGCAAGAUUUAUCACCGCUUAGAAAAAAACAGGACAAAAUCAAAAUAUUGCUCAAAAAUGUCGAUAAACUUGAAAGCAAGGCUGUUAGAAAAUCUGCAACACCUGAUAACAGAAGCAACCACAGACGAAGCCGAUCAAGAUCGUCUUCCAUUCCCAAAAAGAGAAGCAAAAAAGAUAAGAGCGAAACUCCGAAUCGUAAAUCGAAGAAACGACAAGGAAGACGUUCCUCGUCGCCUAGAGACAAAAAUGAUAAAGAAAAAAACAAUGAUCGUAGGGAACAUCGCAGUUAUAGAUCGAGAUCUCAUUCUAACCAAAGGAGCAGAAGCACAUCGAGCCUCAGUUAUUCUCCGGCACGACGUAGUCCCGAACGUUACAAGGAUAUUAUUGAAAAAUUACCCGAAAAAGAUAAGCGUAAAUACAUCAAAUCCCCAUCUGACCUACAUCCCAAAAAGAAAGACGUCGGAAACUACAAAUCGAAGACUUUGUGCAUCAGAAGUUCAUCCAGUGAGAACGACGAUUCCGAAGAUGAUUUCUUAACAUUGGACACGAGGGACAGACAGGAGGAAUUAGAUAUCAAAGAAAUAACUUGGCUAAAAGAGAAACUAGCUCGCAUGGCUAAAGCUACUUUGGGAAAAGCCACAGACGAAGCUAAUGCUUCCACAUCCCAGCCUAACACUAGCGUAAUAGAAGAACAAACUAGUAAAGUUAGCCCAAAAACGGAUAAAACGAACAAAUCGCCACAACCAGAACAUAAAAGUGUGAAUAAGUGCGAUCCACCAAAGGAGAGUCCGGUUAAUGUUGAUAGUUCACCAGAAGUGAAAUGUGUGAGGAGUAAAUCUCGCAGUUGGUCGCGCUCGUCUUCACGGCGCUCACGGCGCUCCCGGUCUCGAUCGAAAUCUCCAUUGCACGUGAAAUCACGAUCCCGGGAAAAAUCCCGAUCUCGUAACAAAUCUCGUUCCCGGGACAAGUCUACCCGCACCAAAUCGCGCUCCCGGGACAAGUCACGCUCUCGGAACAAGUCACGGUCACGGGACAAAUCUCGCUCCCGUGACAAUUCACGAGGGAAAUCUCGAUCACGGUCAAGGUCACGCUCUCGCUCCAGGUCAUCGCGUUCGAGGUCUCGUUCUUACUCUUCGUCAAGGCGGUCACGGUCCAGUCGUUCCAGUUCUUACAGCAGCAGAAGUACUUCAAGAUCCACCCGCAGCUCUUCCAGAUCUACUCGCUCCUCCAGAACAAUGACGGGCGUGUACGCCGAUUACCGUAGAUCGAGCGGCGCGCGGCGCACGCGCACGCGCACGCGCUCGCGCUCGCUCUCCAUACCGCGCCGCGCGGGCUCGCCCAGCUUCCUCGACAGGAGGCGCAUCACGAGCGCGAGGAAGCGUCCGAUACCGUACAGACGACCGACACCGUCGUCACCCAGCACACACAGCUACUACAGCAGCAGAUCUUCGCAAAGGAGCUGGACUCGAUCCCCAAGGCCUGAACACGACUGAUGCAGGAACCAACCAUCGACAAAAAUGAAAAAAUUGGUGUGGGGCCAACCAUAAAUUACGUUACACUUUUUUGUGUUGACAACCCACUUUGUUUAUGGAUAGAAAUCGGAACGUCAAUUAUUGGCGCCAAAAGAUUUGUUUAUAUUACGGUUUUUAUUUUUGUUGUUCUAGUCCCAUUUUCUUAAUACGCUAUUUUUAUCAAAUGAUUUCAAAGUAAAGUGUUGCGAAAAUAUUUUAUAGACCUACAAUUAGGAUGGGAAUUUUUCAUUUGUUCACCAAAUUAAUAUAGUAGCGCUCCCCGUUCCCUUCUGUUUAUAUGACGUAAUUAAUGGUGGCCGUUGUUUUCUAAACAAUAAAAAGGUGAAGUUAGUUUAUCGGAGAUUAUGCUUUAACAUUGAACAAAUAGCUUUCCCAUUAGAAAAACUUCACAUGGGUUUUACAUGAGAUGUAGUGAAUAUCAAACCUAAUUUCAAAGUACAUAAAGCAAAGAUUUUUCAAUUUUACGCGUACCUUCUUAUAACAUAAAUUCAUGGUGAUAACAAUAGCUCCGUUUGGCAUCUUUGCAUUCUUUAAUAUUUUUAAUAAAAAAACCGGCGGAUUUGGAAUACAUUUUGUGCCGACCCUAUACAGUGGGAUCAUGAGGAAUUUUGAAUACCUACAAAAAUUAUUAUGUAGUUAAAUCAAGGCUU